AGCUCGCGUUCAGCUUCACGCCUCCAGAUUCGAGGCCAGCGUUUUCUGGCACAGAGGAUUUGGAUUGUGUUGAACAUGUUGAAUGUUUUUCUUCCCGCGCCGAUCCGCCUUCAGUAAUGACUGACUCCUCUCUGUUGCUAAAUCUGGGAUGUGUGCUGCGGAUGGCUCGCUUUUGUCUACUAGUUUGUGAGCAAGUGCUUUUGAAGGAGCUGCUGUGAUCUGAGCUGUUUCAUUGGAAGUUUCUCCCUCUGUUUUUUUAUUUUGCCUCUAGUUCUUUUCGUCUCCCUUCGUUCCUUAAGAAAAGCAGAAGAAAGGCGAGCGAGGCUCCUUUGAGCUUCGACCCAGAAACGAAGGGACGCAUUAGGACGUCGCCUUCCUCCUCAUGACUUGCCCCUUGCUUCCAAAGCCUCGCUGUCAAAGCUGUCAGAACUUUUGGCCUUUGGAAAGUUUUUUUUUCCCCCAAAGAAACUACUUUUACGUAAAACGAGGAAUACCCAUUUAAUGUAUUAGCUGCCGGUGACUGGUGCUGUUAUCUACAGUACCGACUGGGUCGGUACCAGUAAGCAGCCAACAACAGGCAGCGCUACAGUUAGCAACGCUAGCAGGGACGAGGUUCAGUUCCCCAUGUAGCUACUGCACCGCGCGUGGGGUUCAGUCCACAUUAAACCUGUGGCUCAGACACGACUGUGAUCUGAACCCACUGAUCGUUGUCAUGAUGUGUGUUUGUGUAACUGUGCGUAGGAGGAGAUCCGCGUCCAGGGGACGACACUGACGGGUCAGACAUUCUACAUCGGCUAAGAUGGCUCCGGUUGAUGUUUCGUUGUGGGGAGAGUCCAUCGACCGUCUGCUGGGCUGCAAAACCGGCCAGCUGGUGUUUGAAGACUUCCUGAGGACGCAGUACAGCGAGGAGAACCUGCUGUUCUGGGUGGCCUGCGAGGCCUUCAAGAAGAUCGGCAGCGAGGCGGAACUGAGGGCCGCGGCCCGGAGGAUCCACGCCGAGUUCGUCCGAGUGCACGCGCCGCGGCAGAUAAACAUCGACUGUGAGACGAGGGAAGAAAUCGGUAAAAAUAUCUCCCAGCCGAGGCCAAAUUGCUUCGACAGGGCGCAGAGACUGAUAUACGGCCUGAUGGAAAACGACUGCUAUCCACGAUUUCUGAAAUCAGAAAUGUACCAAGCUCUGCUGGAACAGGCGGAGCAGCGAUGAAAGCAAUGUGAGCGGGAAAAAAAGCCCGUCCGACGUCUCCUCCAAUGAUUGAUUCUGCACUUCAGACGACUUUUCUUAGAAUUUCAGCUUCGCCGAAAAGACGCUUGUCUGUCAGAGGAAUCAGGAGUGAAUGGAGACACGCGGACUGACGGCAUCUGAGGUCCAAACAUGAUCCAAAUAAUGUAUUAAGUCACUUCUGAUACUACCUGUAUUUGAUUUUCUUUUUAUAUUAACAAAGGGUCGUACUUCAUACGACACCACAUGUCAAAGGUUGUGUUGAAAUAAACCUGAAUAUUUUGAGUAACA